AUGAUUCUUAGGGAUGAUAAUAUUGAUCCACUGGAUGUGACCAUUGAACAGUCUUUUGACCAAGGAAAGUCCUUUACUCCGAAAGGCGUCCUUUCUUCGUGGUCGGGUGUGGAAAAGAAUCUUUUGCUUAGUGAAUCUCCUUUAACGGACGCUGAUAAAUCGGCCAUCGAGUGUCAGCUUCUUGCGUCGGAGGGAAAACUAGCACUCAUUCUAAGUGUUGAUGCCUCAGGCUCACCUGUUGCGAUAACUGUGAUUCCGAAAAAUCGGACGUGCACUGAAAACGUUCGUUUUCCUGCUUCUGUGACCCAACUGUCAACGUCUGUAAUCUUUCAAAGGCCCUCAUUGUUUGUCGGGCCUGAAACACAAGAAUACGUGGCCAAGAUGGAUCGACAACGGGAAGAGAAGCUUCGACAGGAUCAGUUAGAUAAUCGGUCCUUCUUAGCGAAAUAUUGGAUGUAUAUCUUACCCGCAGUGUUCUUCUUCAUUCUCCUUAACACCGCAGAUCCAAAUGCCAGCGGGGGUUCAGAGUAG